UUCUGCUGCAAAAUGGCGCCGUCCUAUAUGAGUAUGUGCCAUAGGGUCUCAGUGACUUUUCUGUGUGGAAGAAGACCGACUGCGGCCACAGCGGCCUUUCACUGUCCUAAACUGGCCGCUGCGCAAGUCAGGUUAUGUUUAGUGAGAACGUAUUCACCCUCCAAAGCAAGGCACGGCAUUGGCCGAAACAUUGUGUCAAGGCUGAAAUGGGCCAAUGAAAAGUAUGAGAGAUUUCUCCAGCGGCGCUUUCCCCGUUUCUAUCUUCUGUACCACACAUUUAUGAAAGGAUUUCGAGUACUCUUCCAGGAUGCCAAAGAACUCCACAAAAUCAAAACCCGGAUGAUCGCUAAUAACAUUGAUUAUCAAAAAUUGCCUUAUCGUGAAAUGGAGAAGCUCAGGCAGGUUCGUAGAGACAUGAUCAAAGCCAUUCCUCUGGUGAUCAUCUCGAUACCUCCAUUUGCCAACUACUUAGUCUUUGUUCUCAUGUACCUUUUUCCCCGCCAGCUCCUGAUUCGCCACUUCUGGACACAGCAGCAGCUGCUGGAGUUUCAGGCAGUGUACCACAUGCAGAGGGCACAGCACCACCAGGCCAUACUCGAUGGGCUGGAGAGGACAGUAUCAAGUGUCCAAGAUCACCGCCUGCAGAGCCACCUCGAAAACCUCUGCAGGAAAGUCCAAAGCGGUGCUCACCCUGUUGUAUCUGAUGUUCAUGCUGUAAGGACCUUAUUCUCUGGCCCUCCACUAGGAAUCAGGAGGAUGUACGCAGACCAAAUGAGACAUCUCUGUCCACUGCUCUUCCUGACGCCCCGCCUUCCUGCCUUCUGGAUUGGUCGGCGCUUGAAUAGCCACGCCUUAGAGCUCAUGCAGUUGGAUCGUGCCAUUGUCCGGCUGGGCCUCCACCAGCUGAAUGAUAUGGAGCUCAGAGAGGCAUGUUACGUGCGAGGACUGAACGUAGAGCGUCUGAGCCUUGCUCAGUGCCGAGAAUGGCUUACGCAGUGGCUGCAGUUUUCAACAUAUCUUAAAGAAUCAGAGGCAUCCCUGUAUUUGCACAGCAUGGUGCUGCUGACGGUAAACUACCCAAAGCCACCACGCAGCUGACCCAUCACCGCUGACCAUUAAAGACAUCGAGAGUAACCACAAAACAACCCAAAAAGAGGCAGUUGAAGUGGACAGCUGUUGUUAUCAGAAAGCUGUCAGGCCAAUAUCAAAAGUGAACAGUGCAAUCCUUCAUGGUUUUGAGUUAUCACACAGUGUUGAGUGGAAAAUUGUCCCCUAAUUUUGAUAUUUUUAGAUUAUUAGGAUGUGGGGCAGACGUGUCCACUUUUAUUUACUUGAGAACCAAGAUUAUAAAGAAGUGGAAAUGGUUUUGCAACAGGAAGAAAACACCAUUACACUACUGUAAAUAGAACAACUAGAUUCAAUCCACAUUUGAAAAGGAUGCUGGGCCUCUACAGCAAAACAAAACACUGCAACAUGUCCAGAUCACCUACACUCAGAUUAUGGCUAUACAUCUAAUAGCUGAUGUAACUGUCUUGCUGGCCCUUUUGGUGACAUGUUUACAUGGCGUUGUGUUGGGUUUUGGGUUAUUCCACCUAAUAUACCUCCAGCAUGAGUGAACAUUAACUUCCUGUGUCUUUAUGUAGUGACUUGUGCUGACUUCCUUUUUUUGUCACUUUCCUGCUGUGGUGAGUGUUCAAAACAUUAAAAUCAAAUCCUUUUGAUAGCUCGAUGCGGAAGAGGCACGCCAUAUUCAUCUGCACUGAGCACACAAGCUUGCGUUUCUAUAGUAUAUCUAUAUCUUCUUUCUCUAUGAACAUGUUAUAAUGCAUGAUCCGAAUGCUGUUGGCCCCAUUAUAUGUAAAUAAGAUGGAGAUGACUGUUUUGUCAUCAUAUAUACUCUACAGAACACAAAGUUAUUUGAGAAGAAAAAUAUUUGAAAGCCUUAGUCCUUACUGAAACACAUUUGAUUGUAAUGCUUUGAUGUGGAUUUAUUAACAGAAAUUCAUGAUGUAUUUGUUGAAGAGUGCCUUGGUGCGAAAAAGUUGUGUGCUAUUAUAGACUCAUGUUGCCAAAUUCGUCUGCUGUAUUUAAGGAUUAGUCCUGUGUUUUUCAACUUGAUCUCUGUUUUCCACAUAUGUAACAAACGAUCAUUUACCAUGUACUUAAUAAAACAACAAAAAAAUAGGCAGAUAUGUGCUUGAAAACAGUAUCCGCAUUUGACAGACUUUGGCUGCUAUUUCAAACCGAUAUUUGAGGAUUUGCUCAUGAAGAGCAGAAUGUUUAGGUGAUUUUGUUCAUUUUAUAUAUUUUACUGAAAUUAUUGUAUAUGGUAAUGAACCAUGUACUACAGAUUCAGCAGGUGGAGAUAAGGUUGAAAAACACUGGAGUAUUCCAGUAUUGUAUUACUCUUUUCAUGUCUACAAUUCACUUGUAGAGGUGAAAAGGUGAAGAGGUGUUAAAUUUUUCCCCACUGAAGUCAACAUGCAGUUACAGUAUGUGGAAUAACUGGAAAGAUCUCUCCAGUAAGAUGAGAAAUAAAUUGCUGUUCCAUUA